AUGUGGACCACCCAGCUCAUCGCGCUGCUAGCAGCGCAAUACAGUGCCGUUGUCAUCGCACAUCCCGCACCAGCACCCGUCCCAGCACCUCUCCCAGCCGUCUGCGCCGCAGGUACUCAGUCCCCUGCCUUCUACCCGCGCUCCGCCAAAGCCACCACAUCAACUCCUGUCCGCGCCCGUGCCGAUGCCCCAGCCCCAGCCCAAUACACAGCCAACCCUUCCCUCGGCGGAGGCGGCAGCACCUUUGUCGACUCAGCCCACUUCCGCGUCUACAACGGCGGCUCCAACGCAGCAGCAUCGCUCAAGCACCUCGAAGCCGCCCACGCCUGCUUCGUCGAGAAACUAGGCUGGCGCACCCCCGGCCUUAGCAUCAACACGGGCGGCAAGGGCCAGGAAGUCGGCCCCUGGUACAAGCUCAACGUCUACGGCAUGCAGGACUCGGAGCUCAACGGCGCCGCGGGUGUCCAACAGUCCGACGGCGCAAAGGGCCUCGCCUGGCUCGAAGUCCUCACAGAGUACCUCGCUGACCCCCGCGUCGUCGUGCACGAGUACGGCCACUCAAUGCAUUAUAGCGAGGAGAAGUGGGUCGGCCAGCAGAACACGGGAGCGUGGUGGGAGCCCAUGGCGAACUACAUCGCUGAUACGUACUGGUCGACGCCGAUAUGCAACGAUGCGCGCAAAGCAGUCGGCCUCCCAGGCGUAGAAGGCGACUCUUUCAUCGCCUUGCAGAAAGUAAUCAGCGACUCGUAUCAAGUCAUCGUCGACGGGACGGUGGAUACUGGAAAUUACUACGAAUCCUACCCCUUCCUCUCCUACCUAACCUUCAACCCGGACAACACCACCGCCCUGGGCCCCUCCGCCCUCCUAACCAUGAUCCGCACCUACGUCGCCGACUCAAACGACACCCCCUUGCACGUCCUCGCGCGCCUCCUCCCGGCCACAACCUCCCUCCAACACCUCAUAGGCCGCUACUGGGCCCGAAUGGCCUACGUAGACAUCGCCCAUCCAAAAGCCCACGCCGCCUUCCUCGCACAGCGCAGCACCCUCGUCUACGGAAACAUCGCCCGCUCAUCGGGAUCCACGUACGCCGUUGUGCCUGCUCGUGCGCCCAGGUACAUGGGCGCGAACAUCAAUCCGCUGAAAAUUACCGCCGGCGCGAGCAGCGUGUCCGUCGCGGUGACGGCGGACGCGGCGUACUCUGCUACGCUUGUUGUCAGCAGCAAGGCAGGUGUGUCGUACACGGAUGUUGUGCAGGGCAAGGCGAGUGCGGCGGUCGCGCAGGGGGAUGAGGUUAGUUUCGUGAUUGCGAAUACGCCUGCGCAGUUGGUGAAGUAUGAUCCUUUUGAUAUUCCGGCCGCGUUGAAUAAGGGGUUGGGGUAUAGUGUUGUGGUUACGGGGGCUACUGCUUAG